AGUUGGGCACGCCCCCGCUUCCGGCCGCGGUUGGGCCUAGCCGGGAGCGUCCCUCGGAGGCGGCGGCAGCGAUGGACAGCGAAUUCUCGGACGCGGAGGCGGCCCCGGGCGGGGAGGAGAACGCGCCGGUUUAUUGCGUGUGCCGCAAGCCGGACAUCAACUGCUUCAUGAUCGGCUGCGACAACUGCAACGAGUGGUUCCAUGGGGACUGCAUCAACAUUACCGAGCGCAUGGCCAAGGCCAUCCGCGAGUGGUACUGCCGGCAGUGCCGCGAGAAGGACCCAUCCCUGGAGAUCCGGUACCGGCACAAGAAGUGGCGGGAGAAGGAGCAUGAGGGAGCCAAGGGGCAGGAGCUGGAGCAGGGCCGGGCUGCCAAGAUCAAGCGCUCGGCCCGCAUGUGCGGCGAGUGCGAGGCGUGCCGGCGCCCCGAGGACUGCGGGCAGUGCGACUUCUGCCGGGACAUGAAGAAAUUCGGGGGCCCCAACAAGAUCCGCCAGAAGUGCCGGCUGCGGCAGUGCCAGCUGCGGGCGCGGGAGUCCUACAAGUACUUCCCCACCUCGCUGGCCCGGGGGCGUGAGGGGGACCUGGAGCUGCUGAAGGCGCAGCUGGGGGGGCCGGGGCCCCCCGAGAGCCUCUCGGAUGAGGAGCUGCCCCUCGACCCCCGGCUCUACCAGGAGCUCUGCGCCGGCGCCUUCGACGAGCACGGCCUGCCCUGGCUCAGUGACGCCGAGGACGCGCCGUUCCUGGACCCCGUCCUGCGCAAACGCGCCGUGAAGGUCAAACACGUCAAACGCCGCGAGAAGAAGUCGGACAAGAAGAAGGAGGAGCGCUACAAGCGGCACCGGCAGCGGGCGCGGCACCGCGAGCGCCGCGGGCACCCCGAGCGCGCCGACGCCCGCGACCCCGCGGGGCUGGGCCAGUGCCUGGGCCCCGGCUGCACCCGCCCAGCACGCCCGCCCUCCAAGUACUGCAGCGAGGCCUGCGGCAUCAAACUGGCUGCCAACCGGAUCUACGAGAUCCUGCCGCAGCGGAUCCAGCAGUGGCAGCAGAGCCCGUGCGUGGCGGAGGAGCACGGCAAGCGGCUGCUGGAGCGCAUCCGGCGCGAGCAGCACCAGGCGCGGCUGCGGCUGCAGGAGAUGGAGCGGCGCUUCCACGAGCUCGAGGGGCUCAUCGCCCGCGCCAAGGGGCACCCGCCCCGCGAGGACGAGGAGAGCACAGAGGGGGACAGCGAGGACACGGACCUGCAGAUUUUCUGCGUGUCCUGUGGCCACCCCAUCAACCCCAAGGUGGCCCUGCGGCACAUGGAGCGCUGCUACGCCAAGUACGAGAGCCAAACGUCCUUCGGGUCCAUGUACCCCACCCGUAUCGAGGGGGCCACCAGGCUGUUCUGUGACGUUUACAACCCCCAGAGCAAAACCUACUGCAAGAGGCUGCAGGUGCUGUGCCCCGAGCACUCCCGGGACCCCAAGGUGCCCGCGGAUGAGGUGUGCGGGUGCCCGCUGGUGCGUGACGUCUUCGAGCUGACCGGGGACUUCUGCCGCGUCCCCAAGCGCAAGUGCCACCGUCACUACUGCUGGGAGAAGCUGCGCCGCGCCGAGGUGGACCUGGAGCGCGUCCGCGUGUGGUACAAGCUGGACGAGCUGUUCAGGCAGGACAGUGUCCCUGUCCCCACGCUGUCCCCAUGCUGUCCCCACACUGUCCCUGUCCACAUACUGUCCCUGUUCCCAAGCUGUCCUUGUCCCCACAGUGGUACAAGCUGGACGAGCUGUUUGAGCAGGACUGUGUCCCUGUCCCUACACUGUCCCCAUGCUGUCCCCACGCUGUCCUUGUCCCUGUGCCUGUCCCCACCGUGUCCCCACGCUGUCCCUGUCCCCACAGUGGUACAAGCUGGACAAGCUGUUUGAGUACGACUGUGUCACUGUCCCCACACUGUCCCCAUGCUGUCCCCACACUGUCUCUGUCCCCAUACUGUCCCUGUGCCUGUCCCCACCGUGUCCCCACGCUGUCCCUGUCCCCGCAGUGGUACAAGCUGGACGAGCUGUUUGAGCAGGACUGUGUCAGUGUCCCCACACUGUCCCCACGCUGUCCCUGUCCCCAUACUGUCCCUGUGCCUGUCCCCACCAUGUCCCCACGCUGUCCCUGUCCCCGCAGUGGUACAAGCUGGACAAGCUGUUUGAGCAGGACUGUGUCCCUGUCCCCACACUGUCCCCAUGCUGUCCCCACGCUGUCCCUGUGGCUGUCCCCACACUGUCC